GACUCUCGUCAUCUUUCUCCGGGUGCACAAGCUGCCGUCGUCCACCAGCGCCGCGCAGUGGAUCACCACGUGCACCUUGGCGAAGCAGACGCGGAGGUCCUCGACCCUCGUCACGUCGUAGGGACAACGGCCGUUGCCUCCGGUGAUAAGGACCACCAGACCGCCGUUGGCCGCACUUGGAGACGAGCUCGGGGUCCCCGACCUCCUCCGGGUAUGAUCGCCCGUCGUUGUGAGCUCCGUUUCGUUUUCCCUCUCCCCUCCGUCUUCCUCUUCUUCUUCUGACUCGCUGUACUUCUCUUCCAGCGUCUCCAUUGUCUCUGAUCUUCUCUCUUCUUGAUCUCUGACUAGUUAGCUAGCUGGGCG